AUGACGGAAGACAGUGAGAGCGUGACUGAGUGGCUAAUAGCUUCCCGACCUGCGCCCGCAAAAGCCUGCAAAUCCAGCCAGGCAGCCUUCCCCCUCCACCCGCGUGACGCCGAGCUCGAGAUCAUAGAGAUCGAGCCCAAGCCCGCCUUCCUGCACAACAUCCUCCCGCGCCUGCAGUGGUCCGCCCUCGUUACGCUGUGCGCGGGGCUAAGGGUUGCGGAGUUGCCGGGGGAGGCGCCGGAGGUUGGUGUGCUGGAUGAGGAAGAAGAUGGGAAGAUGAAGGCGGAACUGCAUAGGCUGUUGCUGGAGACGACGGUGAAGGAGGGGGCGCUGAUAUGUGGGAAUUGUGGGCAUGAGUAUAGGAUUAAGGAGGGGAUUGCGAAUUUCUUACUGCCGAGUCAUUUGGUGUGA